AAUCUCUACUAGAAAAUGAAAUAAGUUGGUUGGUUUUGGUUCGAAAUCUGUUGGUGACAGCUUUAUUCCAUUUGAAACUUGCUAUCCUCUCGCACUCACGUUUUAGUUCUCAAUAAUUCAGCUAGGCUCUAGAAAUUAUUCGGGUGCAAUAUCUGUAGAUAUACUUGGUUUUGUUCUGUGCGAUUCGUUCAUGUACAAUAAUCUUAUGCGACUGCCAGAGCUUAUGUGGAUGAGUGAGUGCGCAUCCAUUAACCAAAUCAGACAUUAAGCGAUAAAUAAAUAUCAUGUUCAAAAUUGCAAGGUCAACCAAGGUUUUAGGUGUUUGAUUUUGCUUUGUUACAGGGAGAGGGGAAGCUAGCUAGAUAUAGAAAUGAAAGGAUAGAAAGAGAUGGAUAUUGGUGAGGAAGAAAAGGAGGAGAAAAAAAACAAAACAAAUCCUUUUGCUAAAGAUAGACAAAGAAAUUAGAGAUUUUUUUGACAGACAAUUUUGCAUGGUUUUUGAAAAUUUUGCAGAUUUUUUUUCUUCUUUUCAUCUCAGAGAAAAGGAUUCGUUCCUGAACGGCAGUUGACGAAUGCAGCUACAGUAGGCAAUGUAGCUUCAGCUUAGAGCAGAGAAAGAACAGGUUUCCCUAACGCAUCAUUAUUGUUAUUGUAUUGGGUACGAUUUCUGAGGCUUGGGUUUCCUGUUCUUGUUUUCCAUUUGUGUUUUCCAAAGAAUAAAAUAAAAACCGGAAAUCUGUUAAAACAAAAUGAAGAAAUCCUGAAAGGCAUGUUAUUCUUGGGUUUAUAGAGAAAGAUUAGUGAUUAAAGGAAAGAGUGUGUCGAAUUAAGAGAAAGAGAGAAUGUCAGAUACGCCAUUAGAUAUGUUGCCUCUUAGCAAUGAUGGAUCAUCACCACAAGCACCACCAGCCGACGGAAAUGAAACACCAUCAUCUCCUUCAGGUUCAAACUCACCAGAGUCUCCACCAGCUCCAGAUUCUAGUAAACCUCCUCCAGACUCCAACAAUAUACCUCCUCCAGACUCUGACAAUACACCUCCUCCAGUCUCCGACAAUACACCCCCUCCAGACCCCAACAAUACACCAUCAGAUUCAGGAAACUCGUCGCCCCCACCAGAUACAAAUACUCCCUCAUCUCCGUCAGUUUCAUCCCCACCUCCACCACCACCGGAGUCUGAUUCUUCACCUCCUACAGAUUCCAAUAACGAUUCGCCACCUCCACCUCCACUGUCAGAUGACAACAACACUCCUUCUGAACCUCCACCUCCACCGUCAGAUGACAACAACCCUCCUUCUGAACCUCCACCUCCACCGUCAGAUAACAACAACACUCCUUCUGAAUCUUCUCCAGCUCCGAAGUCAUCUAAUGAUCCUCCUCCGAAAUCUGACAAUCAAAACACACCGAACACUGAUAACCAACCUCCUCCUCAGAGACAAGAGUCCCCACCUUCACGCGAUGGUGCACAAUCUAAUCGUUCAUCAAGCCAUGUCCCAGAGCUAAGUGGUCCUUCCACCCAAUCAAGUCGCACAUCUUCCACCCCACUAGAUUCCGCUUCAUCUUCGAAGUCAGACGGGACAAUUAACGUUGGCACUGUUGCUGGUGCAACCGUAGCAGGAGUGCUAAUCAUUGCUUUCAUUGCCCUCUUUUUCGUCAUUGCAAGGAGGAGGAAAAGACGGCCUUUAGAUUAUUACGAUCCUUACAGACCACAUCCACCAAAUUACUCAGGGAAUUCAGAUGGGUAUUACUAUGGAGGGCCACCUUCACAGCCACACUCGCAGCAGCAUUCAGUAGGGAUGCCAGGUGGUCACUCACAGGAGUAUUAUAGUGGGGGGAGACCACCAGCAUAUCCUAAUUCUGGUCCAAUGAAUAGCUACGGUAGCUACAAAGGACCAGAUUCGGGUACAUUAGGAGGUGCGCAGUCGUCAUUCACAUAUGAUGAGUUGAUGGGCAUAACAGAAGGAUUUUCUCGCCAAAACAUUAUUGGAGAAGGUGGAUUUGGAGCUGUUUACAAGGGUCACCUUCCCGAUGGAAGAAUAGUAGCAGUGAAACAACUGAAGGCUGGGAGUGGCCAGGGUGAGAGGGAGUUCAGAGCUGAAGUUGAUAUAAUCAGCCGUGUUCACCAUAGGCAUUUGGUUUCUCUGGUCGGAUACUGCAUUGCUGACGCCCAAAGAUUGCUUGUCUACGAAUUUGUUCCCAAUAAUACUCUUGAACAUCAUAUACAUACUCCAGGAUUGCCUGUGUUGGAUUGGUCCAAAAGAGUAAGGAUUGCCAUUGGCGCUGCUCGUGGGUUGGCAUAUCUACAUGAAGACUGUCACCCAAAGAUUAUCCAUAGGGAUAUCAAAUCUGCCAACAUCCUGUUGGAUGACGUUUAUGAAGCACAGGUUGCAGAUUUUGGUCUUGCUAAGCUAUCAAAUGACAUCUCCACCCAUGUCUCAACUCGUGUAAUGGGAACAUUUGGGUACAUGGCACCUGAGUAUGCUUCAAGUGGCAAAUUGACUGAUAGAUCCGAUGUGUUCUCAUUCGGAGUGGUGCUUCUAGAGCUUGUGACUGGACGUAGACCUGUCGAGGCAAGCCAGGAUGACAGUUUAGUUGAAUGGGCCCGACCAUUGAUAGCCAGUGCAAUAGAAACUGGAGAUUUUUCAGAGUUGGCAGAUCCAAGGCUUGAAAAGAGAUACGUCGAGAGUGAGAUGUUUAGGAUGGCUGAGACGGCUGCUGCUUGUGUUCGUCACUCUGCUAACAAAAGACCACGCAUGGUGCAGGUGUUAAGGGCGUUGGACACUGACGGUGACAUGCCAGAUAUCAACAAUGGCGUGAAAGUUGGUCAGAGCACUAUUUUUGAAGCAAACUCAGAUCUUCAAAAAUUUCGAAUGUUGGCACUGGGUGGCGAUGAUACUGCAGACUAUAGCAUGUAUAGUGGAAGUAUGAACUCUAGAGCAGAGAUUUUACCCCCGAAACCUCCACCAGGUUGGAGUGGCGAAUCAGAAACUCGUGCCAUUAACCCACGCAAAUGGUGAACAGUGACAUUCAAAUACACUUUUACUUGCACCAUCAUUAUUUGCGCCUGCCCCAAAGAGAUGUACGUACAAAUGAGUUGCGCCUGCCCCAAAGAGAUGUACAUACAAAUGAGAUGGGAUCAGGAAAAUCCUAAUCGGCUGAAAAACGGAUACUAACUUUGCCCUUUUGCAUUUGAGUAACCUGAUAGUUGUUUUUUCAUCGGAAGUAAAUUUUACUAGAGUAUGAUACGGAGUACAAUCUUUUGUGAAACUUUUUUGUAUAUUUACAGCAUCUUGGUUUUUGAUGAACAAUUCAAGGCACUCUUGGUCUACAACAUCUUGGGUUUUAAACAAUUUAAAGGCACUCUUGGUUUUUCUGUUGGAUGACUUCGGAUGAAAGGAUUGAACUUUCAAAAUCAAUAUCUCCGAACCCUCCUAUUCUUGAUCAUUU